ACGGGAGUCGUGUCUGUAUUUCCUGUCAGAUUCCGUUACUCGGGACCAUAAUGGACCGGGAGCAGCUCCGGGUGGCGGACUGAUCCAACCCGGUGCGGGAGACGCUCUCUCUCUCUCUCUCUCUCUCUCUCUCUCUCUCUCUCUCUCUCUCUCUCUCUCUCUCUCUCUCUCUCUCUCUCUCUCUCUCUCUCUCUCUCUCUCUCGGAGGAUGUGCGGUGUUUCCCGCUGUAGCGCCUGAUGCUGCGGGAGAUGUGGGCCACAGACCGAGACCCGGAGGAGGGAGGCAAGAGGGGGAGCGGCCUGGUCCCCCCUGCGUCCUGGAGUCCCGGUCCGGACCCGGCCUGGCUCUGCGGCCCCCCCGGGCCCCGCCCCGCCGGGCUGGGGGGCCGCAGGCGGAGCUCGCUGUCCGACAGCGGCGACACCGGCAUCGGGACCUACUGCUCCGAGGAUGACUCCAGCUGCAGCACCACCCCCCUCACCCCGCUCCACCCGGGCCUGGAGGACGACGGCGUCCCCGUGCUGCGGGCGCCGCCGUCCCCGUCCGCCGACCGCAACCCGCCGCGCCGCUGGUCCUCGCUCACCGGGCUGCCGGACGGCUCCCGGCGGCGCCCGGACCGCCACGGCUCCCUGGACCGGGCCCGGCUGCACGGCUACCGGAGGGACGCCGCCGCCCCGGGCGGGGACCUGUACCUCCCUCUGUCCUCGUCCCCCCUGUGCAGCGCCCUGCUGCUGCGGUCCCCGGGGGCCGGGCCGGUCUGCAGGCUGACCCGCGGCGGCGGCGGCGGCGGCGGCGGCGGCGACCGCUCCCUCCCCUCUGCUCUGUCCUCGCCCAUCAGGCACAGCAGCUCCUUCCCGGACCCCUUGCUCUCCUCGCUGUCCUCGCUCCCCGGCGAGGACACGCUGCGCACGCAGAAGUGGCUCGCCGAGCAGAUGGAGUUCAGGCCCCGGGCCGAGCCGGACGGCCCGUUACCAUGGCAACACGACCCCAGGACCAGCCAGAGCUCCCUUCCUUUCAACAUGCUGGUGAAGGUGAAAGAGGGACUGCUGAGGCAGAGAGAGCUGGAGAUCGAGAGGCAGAAGCAGCAGAUAGUGCAGCUCCAGGCCCGGAUCCGGGAGAACGAGCUGCGAGCGCAGCAGGUGCUGCAGAGCCAGAGGAGCUGGUACGACCAGCAGCUGGCGCUGGAGGAGUCCGCCGUGAGCCAGCAGACGGCCGCCCGGCCGCCCCGGGAGGAGGAGCUGAGCAGGAAGCUGGCGGUGGCGGAGUGGGAGGUGCUCCACGUCAACGACUUCUUCAAGCACAUCACCCAGAAACACAGCGAGGACGUCCACAAGCUGGAGGACAAGAUCAGGACCAGGGACCGCUACAUCAGCAGCCUGAAGAAGAAGCGGCAGAGGGAGGGCGGCCUCAACCAGGAGCGGCAGCAGCGCAUCGAGAUCCUGGAGCGCUACCUGUCCGAGCUGCCCACGCUGCACGAGGUGCACGGCGGCGCCCAGCGGGAGGAGCAGGCCCAGCGCCGGGCCGAGGACCUGGAGGCGGCGGUCAGCCGCCUGGAGAGCAGCCUGCAGGACGGACGGGCCCAGAUUCAGGACAAGGACGUCCAGAUCCAGCUGCAGGCGCAGCGGGAGGAGGAGCUGGAGGCCUCGGUGCACAGCCUGCAGCAGAAGGUGCAGCAGUGUCUGGAUGACGGGGUCCGGGUUCCCAUGCAGGACCUGAAGAGACUGGAGGCUGAAAACAGAGAGCUUCGUCAGCAGCGGGAUCACAACAGCAGGCUGUUCCUGCAGCAGAAGGAGCAGAUCGACAGGCUGAGCUCCACCCUGACGGCCAGGAGCUCCCGGACGCAGGGGAGGCGGAGUCUCCGUCACCUGAAGGAGGACGGUGUGGCGGACAGAGUGUGUGUGCAGCAGCAGCAGCAGCAGCAGCCGGCGGGCGGAGGCUCCGCCCCCCUGGAGGCGGGGCAGCUGCUGAAGGAGAUGUCUCUGUGCCUGCUGGACCUGCAGGCUCUGUGCAGCAUCCUGAUCCAGAGAGCGCAGGGCAAGGAGCCCAGCCUGGCCCUGCUGCUGGGCAUGAAGGCCUCCAGCGUGUCCCCGGAGGAGGAGGAGGAGGAGGAGGAGGAGGAGGAGGAGGGGGAGGGGGAGGGGCGGCGGCUCCUGGAGGUGGGCCAGCUGAGGAGAGACAUCGACGAGCUGAGGAAGACCAUCUCGGACGCCACGCUCAGCAUGUGGAUCAGCGCCGUGUCCCUGAGCGACGGCCGCCGCUGAGGCGCCUCGCUCCAUCCAGUCAUCUCGCGUUAGUCUCACCUCGGAGCAGAACGCCGGGCUCCUGUUAAUGACUUAAUGUGAGCGACUCAAACUGGACUAACUGUAAAAAGCAUGUCGUCUCUCGGUGCGUGUGAAACACUCAUAUUGGUCAGUUUUUUUAUUUUUUUUUUGAGAACCAGAGAAUUAAGUUCAUCUAUUUAACUGAUUUGUAAUAUUUAAGUGCUCUAACCAAACAAGUCUGCUUUAUAUUCCUGAGAAUGUUUUAUUACAGCGGUGUUAAGCUUCUGAUAACCUGAGUCAAAGUAAACUCCCCCAGUGGACAGAUCAGGAACUGCAGCUACUGCAUCGUUACAUGAUUCACUGAGAGCAGAGCAGUCGGCGAGAAUCCUCUGGAAGUACACGUUCUCUGCUUAUUUUAUUGCUCAUUAUUAAAUGGAAUGAUUUAAAGUAUAAAAACAACAAUAAAAUAGGGAAAACUACUCAAAAAAUUAAAUAAGGGAAAAAGGUCAAGUGAUUUUUGUUUUUGUUAAGGAGAAAAAAGGGAAAGUUUUUUUAAAAGAAUUUGAAAAAGCCAAUAUAUCUAAAACUGCUCUAACCACGAAAAAACCAAGAGGGUUGAGAGGAAAAAAUACACCAAAAAAAAAAAAAAUCUCUGAAAAUGGUCCCAAGAGCUGAAAAUGUAAUCAAAUAUAUCUGAAUCACAACUGUGGCACUUUAGAAAUG